CAAAUAUAUAAUUAUUACAUGGAUUUUCAGAUGGCUAUGCGUCCUCGUUUCUCAUCGGAAUCUAGCGACUUGCAGCAGAUGGCCAAGCGUCGAUGCUGCCGGGCUUUGGAAUCUGGGGUUGUUGUCGACUGGACAAAACUGCUUCCAGAGAUAUUAAACCUGAUUCUGGACAAGUUACUGAAUCAUCUGGAUUAUAUCAGAUUCGGGGCCGUCUGCAAAUCAUGGCGUGGAGUCGCAAUCCAUCAAAAGCAUAGGCGAACGUCGCCGGUGUACUUUCUUAUUCGUCCUUCCAAUGAGGCUGAACUGGAUGAAUACCUCCAAACAGGGUACUUCAAACUAAGUCGCGGUUACCUAUUGCUCAACGCGGGAGAAGGCAAAUACUACGAAUUCAACCAUCGAAAACUUCUCCCUGAUGACACUGAUGAUGAUGCACAGUUCGAAUUUUAUGGUUCAUCGUACGGAUGGAUGGCCUUGCGAAGGAGGGGUGAUGAUUCCAUCACACUCUGCAGUCCUUUCAAUCGAACCAAGAGUGUGAAGCUUCCGAAGAUCCCGGAGGAGUUUGGCAAAUUUUUCAAGAUCUUCAUGUCUUGUGAUCCUUGUACCUGUCCGGAAGAAGGCGAUAAUAAUCUUGUCCUGGCCGCAAUAGGUAUGCGACGGCGAGUUGCAUUGAUCAGAGCCGGGGACAAAUCGUGGACUCUGGCUGAUACUGUCAUGGAAGGAGAUGAACGACCUUUCCCAUUCGUAGACUUGAUAUUCCACAGGGGUUUUCUGUAUGCCGUGGAUUGCUUUCACCGGCUUGUUGCCAUUGACUACAAUAGGGGCUGGAGGACACAAUCGGGCCUUUUCCCGACGGUCGUCAUUCUGUCCAAGAAGAGGCCACUUCUACAGCUGAGUGAUCUACCUCGGACUUUGCUGGCAGAGUCAGCGAGUGGAGAGCUUUUCAUGAUCCUUCAAGCAAGGGAGGAUUGUGGUCAAUUCAUGGUGGGCUCUGAGCCUUAUUAUUACAAGAAGCUUGAAAAGAAACACAAAGGAAUAACAUCAUCAGCUUCUCCUUCUGGGCAGAAAGAAGUGGAAGAGGAGGAGGAGGAGAUGGAAUGGGUGAAAGUGCGUAAGUUGGAUACUAAUAAGGACGGCAGAUUUCUGGUUUUUGAGACUAUUUGCUUAUGUUUUCAGGACCCUAAUCCUGAUUGGUCUGAUUGCCCACCAAAAAAUCUUGACGCCAAACCUUCUGAAGAUUCCGGCGCCGGGCGAGAGCCUAUAGGGCCUAUUGGAAUAGCUCUGCUAGCCGCCCCACCAUUAUACUGACACCCUCAGAGCGAAAAUUUAUUAUUGUAACAAAAAACGGUUCGAUAUAGCAUAAAACUAUGCUGACACGCUGUGGGGAUCAGAACUGGCGAGCAGAGGUGAAUUGACCGUCGAAUGAGAGCUACGGUCCUGGACGAAGUGAGAGUGGUGAGGCGGCGGUGGGCGAUGCGGGGAAAGUAGAAGGGUUUGGGAUUUUUUUGUCUCAUUUUUUUUCAUCACGUAUUUCUUACCGAUGUUAUUGGUUGGAUGAUGCCUGCAACACUGAAUUUUUUUAUUUUUAUUUUUUAUUUUUGUUUGUAUUUGAAAGCUUUAUAUCUUUGGAGAGUUUGUCUAUUAAAUUUGGA